UUAUUUUUUUUUUCGUGAAAAGAAACUCAACUACAAUAGUUCUGUCCUUCAACUCGUGGAAAGGAUCGUGAAUGAAUACAUUUCUGUAAAAAAAAAUGUCUCUGGUUGGACAUGUUGCGUCAACGGUUGUUUUUUUCUAUGCCGACUUGUUGAUGCGGGGUUACCUGAAUGCUUCAGGCUUGAACGGAGCUUUAACAGUUGCCAAUUCUGCCAGUGAUGCUGGGUACUCGAAUACUUCAGGAUAUUCAGACGAGUACCGAAAUUACCGGGAACAGAGUGACGGGUUCGUCAAGGAUUACCUCGAGGAUAUUUCAAUGCCAGGAUGGAAGGAAACCCGAAAACGCCACGGAAUCACCAUCAAGGAGUUGUACUUCACCAAGUACAAACGCAGUGUGUUCAUGGGCGAGGUAUUCGUGAAGCAUCCGAUUCAAGACGUUUGUAUGAUUCUAUGGGACAGAGCUCAUGAAGUUCCAGAGUGGUACUAUGACACAGAGUUUGUUCGUAUGAUCAAGGAGUGGGACGACAUGCGGAUUUCAUACCAGGCUAGCAAGCGAGUCGGUUUGGUACAGGCUCGUGAUUACGUGAUGGUAAACCGACGGGUGGACGAGCCCGACAGAGGAUUGGUUUAUUUGGUGUUCGCCAGCACCACUUACAAGGACCUGCCAGAGCUGGAUGACGUUGUGAGAGCGGAAUCUGGUCCAGCGGGGUACCAGCUUGUUACCACCACUCAAGAGGAUGUCAACGGCAACAAGGUGGAUGGAACCAUGAUCCGCUGGAUUCUAAACAUGAACAUGAAGCUGCCUGCAAUUGUUCCACAAUCAAUUCUCAAUCGGCUGCUGCCCAUAAGUAUGGUGGAAUUCCUAAAGAAGCUCAACGAGAGACUAGACUCAACAUACCAAACAUCUAACAAUGACGUGAACUCUGCAUGAUCUUGAACUUUCAUCAAGAAUCAGUUAAUUCUUGAUACAGUAUGACUAAAGAUUCUUACUUCUUUCGCAAGCGGGAUGAUGAUUGAUUUGUUCAGGUGUUCUAAAACCACCGGUGCUGACUUGACUGCUGACAAGAGAAUUGGAUCUUCCAUAAAUUUGGUACAAAUUGAUCAAAAA